GUACAAUAUGUUAAAAAGGGGAGUAGGCUUGUUACGUAGAUUUAUGGUCACUGAAUUCUUUUCAACUGCAUUUUCCCAAACAUAACGGCUUUGUCGAAAAAGAAUACCUAACAGUUAUAGUUCAAUACGUAUUAGUUUUAAUGAGCACAGUGAAUUCUGCCCAACAAUGACAAAGGUAUUUUAAUAUGAUCCCAGUCUAUAAUACCAUUCAAUGGAAAAGAGUGACAAAUAGAUAUUGGGCUUGUAAAGAGUUAGAGCGUUUUUCGAAUGUAUGGGGUAUGGCGCACGGCUCGUUCGGUCAGCGCGGGGUCGUCAUGGAAAAUUAGCGAUGCGUAGCGAUGGUGUGAUUCGCCCACAUCAAUGCUCUCCUAUUGUCGUCCCCCACUAAAUGUGAUUUAACUGAAUUAUUGUGUAAAAAAGUUCACAAUUUGUUUUUGACUGUCCUGUGGAGUGGUCGCGCGGCUCCCGUGGAAGUUGUUGAAGUGUGUGUUGGACUGUGCCUACUGAACUGAACUGUGCUACGCUACGCGUUACGUAGAGACUCGUUACGGGAAAGCUCCAAGUGGCCCUAUGAGCGGUCGGUGACGAGGGUCAGUCAGCAGCAGGAAGAUGAAGCCGCGAGGGGCGAGCGUCAUGCACGCCUUCACCGCGCUCACCAUGCUCACCAUGGCUAACGCUCAAACAACAUGUAACCAAGGAAUGGGAAGAGUGAUGUACGAACGCCUUCCUAAUCAACAACUUCACGGAUUCGACGAUGAUGUCGUACGUGAAACUGCACCGCCUUUCCGUGUGCUGGAAAAAUGCCAGGACUUAUGUUUACGGGAUAGAUCUGGAAAUAGUUUAGUCAGGACAUGCAAUUCCAUCGAUUUCCAACCUGGAGCGCGUAUUGCGGCCUUCAGUCCUGAGCCGGAAUAUGAAGAGUCAACGUGCUAUUUGACGAGGGAGCAAGCUGCCCCUGAAGGCAUUGGCACUCUCAUGAUCGUACCCAACAGCGUUCACUUCAACGAAAUCUGUUUAACAUCCAACCGUCCUGAACGGGAAUGUCCCUCUCGCCGCUACGUCUUCGAGCGGCAUGCCAGAAAACGAUUAAAACUUCCAUCAUCAGACCUUAAAGAGAUCAUGGUCGCCAACCGAACGGAGUGCGAAGACAAAUGCUUAGGGGAGUUCAGCUUUGUGUGCCGUUCUGCAACAUACGACUCUGCUUUGAGGACCUGUUCUCUUAGUAGAUUCACUAGAAGGACCCAUCCCGAACUUUUGGAAGACGACCAUAAUGCUGAUUACUUGGAAAAUACUUGUCUUAACGCGGAAAGGAGAUGUGACGGCCUCGCAGUAUUCAUUAAGGAAGAAAAUAAACGUCUCGGAGGUCCUUUUGAAGCUGACGUUUUCUCCAAUAUGACCUUGGACGAGUGCCAAUCUAUGUGCGUUCGUGCGGAAAAAUAUUUUUGUCGAUCGAUCGAGCAUGACGCAAUGACGCGCCAAUGUGUGCUUUCCGAAGAAGAUUCCGUCUCUCAAAAAGACGACGUGACUGUCAGUGCAUCACCCACCCAUCAUUUUUAUGAUCUUGUUUGUCUGGACAAUCUUUCUCAUCGGGUGACAGCUCGCGGCACGGAGUACCCGGACAACAGCGUGACGUCACACCUGUUCUCGCCGGGCCGGCGGCCGGACACCGCCUUCCAGCGCUACCGGAACAGCCGGAUUACCGGAGAGUUCCAUUCGGAGAUUACUGGACGGUCCCUUAGCGAGUGCCUCGACGAAUGCCUUAGACAAACCAGCUUCCAAUGCAGAUCGGCGGUAUACAGCGAUCGCGCCAGGACAUGUCGUCUGAGUCGUUAUAACCAGAAGGAUGGGAUGAGAUUACUUUACGAUCCCGAUUUUGAUUACUACGAGAAUCUAAUGCACCAGCUAGUGAGUGGUGAAGCUGAGGCUAGCGGCGGCUCGCAGGCACCGUGGGGUCGCCCCUCUACUACAGGAGGUAGUGGCGACCGCGACCGCGACCGUGACCGCGACCGCGACCGCGAUCGGUACCCAGACGACAGCUACUCGGACGACGAGCGGUACGGCAGACCCGACCGCUACCCCGACGACCGCUACCCCUCCGGGCCCGACUACCCGGACCGAUACAACCCGGGCUUCGACCGCUACCCUGACGACAGAUACCCUGAUGACAGAUAUCCCCCUGGAAUAGGCUUCAGUCCUGCUGAUAGAUACCCAAUAGACAGAUAUCCUAGCUCAGAUCGGUAUCCAGCUAUUGACCGUUAUCCCCCAGGAGCUGAUAAAUACCGCCCAGGAUAUCCAGGCGUUGAUAGAUAUCCCCCACGCGACAGAUACCCGACCAGCGAAUCCCUACCAUAUCCCGGACCAAACAGAGUUCCCUUCCUCGACUAUCCAACUACUAACGACAUAGGCCGUUACCCACCCCAAGAGCGCUACCCUGUAAGCAGAUACCCGGUUGACGUCUACCCUGACAGAUACCCCGUCGAUCGGUAUCCAGCUGACAGAUACCCGAUCCGCGGUAGAUAUCCAUCCAGGCCCGGGUGGAACCGGUAUCCUGACAGAUACGAUCAGGACAGAUAUCCCAGCACUAGCGACUGGGGACGGUACCCGUACGGCAGCCGGUAUCCCGUAGGAGUGAACCGGGAUCCGGUACCGCUCGGCGGGGACCGUUACCCGGAUUUGUACGACAAGUAUCCGCCGACCGGAUCGUCAUAUCCUGGAGGUUAUGGCCGUGGCGGUUAUUAUGGUGGUUCUGAUUAUCCAGCAGGAGACCGCUAUCCAGACAGAGGAGUCCGUCCAGGCGCUGAUAGGUAUCCGGUAGGUGUAGAACCGAGGCCAAUUUAUCCUGUACGCCGGCCUGUGGAUAGACCCGGAGGUUACCGCGACACCUAUCCUCCUGGCGUAAACAGACCAAUCGGUGGACCCGGAUAUGGAGGAUACGAGCCAGAUGGACCUAUCGGUCCUAUCGGUGCACCGGUUGGAGGCAUCCCCAUCGGUAACCCCCUAGGAGGAGCCCCAGUAGGCGGGCCUCCAGUAGGCCACAGGCCGUGGCAAGGUUCCCGGUGUGAGGAGGACAGCUUCAGACAAGUCGGACGGCAACGAAUGCAGCGUAGAUUUGUGAGGAGAUUUACGACUGCACAUUCGUUGGCGCACUGUCAGAGGGAAUGUAUUGAGGCGAGGGACUUCGUCUGUCGGGCGUUUAAUUACAGGGAUGUGCCCUACGGAAGCGAACCUCGCGACAACUGCGAGCUCAGCGACCGGGACACGCGAGAACUAGACGCCGCGAAUCCUGCGCAUUUUGAUAACACGGCCAAUGACUACGACUUCUAUGAGAGAGCGCUUGGACGUAUAGCUGAUGACUGUUUGGAUGUGUCGCAAGUGUGCAAUGAAGACGGCAUGGAGUUCACGCUCCGGCUUCCUGAAGGGUUCUUCGGGCGAAUGUACACUUAUGGCUUUUAUGAUCGCUGCUUCUUCAGAGGAAAUGGUGGAGUGUCGAAUGUCUUGCGAAUUACUGGAGCCCAUGGGUAUCCGGAAUGUGGGACGCAGCGUUACGGCGACACAAUGACAAACAUCGUAGUAGUACAAUUCAGCGACAACGUCCAGACGUCGCGUGACAAACGCUUCAAUUUAACAUGCCUGUUCCGAGGCCCCGCGGAGGCGGUGGUCACGUCUAACUACAUCGGGGCCGGGUCGGGCAGCCCCAUACCGAUAGAGUACCUCCCGGAGGAGAGCUCGCUCAACUCGAAGGUCCGGCUGAUGAUCCUGUACCAGGGCCGCCCGACCACGACCAUUGCUGUUGGAGACCCAUUGACGUUCAGGCUAGAAGCGCAGGAUGGAUACAACUACGCGACAGACAUUUUCGCAACGAACGUCAUUGCAAGGGACCCGUAUUCUGGAAGAUCAGUUCAGUUGAUAGAUAGAGUGGGAUGCCCGGUAGACCCUGACGUAUUCCCUGAACUGGACAAGGGCCGCAGCGGAGAUUCGCUAGAAGCCCGCUUUAACGCCUUCAAGAUCCCAGAGUCGAACUUCUUGGUGUUCGAGGCGACUGUGAGGACGUGUCGCGAUGGCUGUCAACCGGCGUACUGCCCAAGCCACACAGGCCGCUCCGAGCCAUCCUUCGGCCGGCGCCGACGAGACGUCAACGGAACGCUCACGAUCGCCAACGACACCGCCGAAGCGGACACGGACUCAAACACCGAUGACUCGGAGAAAGAUAACAAAGGAGAUGCUGUGUACAAAGUGUCGUUUGAGGACGCGAGCGUGGACAAAUAUUUGAAGGAUGAGGUGCAGGAGACGCCCAGCCAUGUCAGGAAGAUGAUUGAGGUGUUUGACAACCGCAACGAGUUGUUAGAAGAGAGCGGACCGGACUCAUCGCCAGUCGUCGCAGCCGUAGGGGUUUGCGUGUCACCGCACCACUACCGCGCGCUGCUCGUCGCCCUCUGCGUGUUGCUGUCCCUGCUGUUAGCGAUGCUGCUUGCAGCCUUGUACAUUUAUAGGCGUUACUGGCGCGUGGUCCGCAAAAACAUCCAAGCAUCGAGCGCGGCGCCGCCGCUGCGGCCCGUCGCGCCGGGCCCGAGGCCCGCCCGACCCUCGCUCUUCUCCGCUUCGCAUCUGCACAAGCCUUUCUCGCUGAGUGGUCUGGGUAGGACCUUUGCCGAAGUUGGCUCGGAGGCCGGCUCGGCGGGCCGCCUGGCGGGCGCCUUCGACGACGGCAGCGAGCCCAUCUACACCGACCCCUCCCUCUUCGAGCGCUCCCGCUCCCUCCGAUCUCUCCACUCCCUGGAUCUGAAGCCCGAGCGACGCGCCCACUAAACGCCAUCUUGCGGACAGGCCAAGUUUUAAACAGCUAGAAUUGUAGUGGCCUAUUCCGCGAAAUCUAAUAUUAUUUUACUUACUAAAUCAACAAUGACAAACUUUGUAUGAUCAAAGUAACAUAAUUAACUGCCAUGAUUGUGCUCAGAUGUCCGUCCAUAAAAUAGAUAAUUGUAACAUCCAAUAAUGUACUUUAUUUGUAAACGGUUGUUUUAAGUCAAUACUAAUAAAUAUUUACAGAGAUUUUAA